AGCAAUGAUUCUGUGCACGUCGUUCGUAUUCAUCAUCCUUCACCUGUCCCGUUGCCACGCAUCCUCGUCCGGCUUCUUCAUCGACAAUGGCGUGGAUCAAACGGUACGAGAAAUGGAAGUCACCUUGCAAGACCGUCAGGAGAUUGAACACGAGAUUCUAGAUCUGCUAGGAUUACCUGAUCGGCCCAAUAAAGCCCACAUUCAUCCGUCGCUUCGCAAAUCGGCACCGCAAUUUCUGCUCAACAUCUAUCAUAAAUUUUCCGAGCAAGUCAACGAAGGCAGUGGAAGGCGUGCAAAGCGAAGUGCUGACUAUUUCACGAUAGCAGAUGAACGAGCGAUUGAAGCAAGCGAUGUAAUUAUGACCUUCCUCAACAAAGGACAUCGGAAUAUGCCCAAGGUGAGACAUCAUAGGUACGGCGAACGGUUAUUCUUCGACACGAGUGAAGCAGUCACCGAUGGAGCGGCCCUACUGUAUGCCAGUUUGAGAAUCUACAAGAAUUCAACCAUCGAUCAUUUGAACACGAUCACCAAUGGUAGAUGGAUUACAAUUAAGAUAUCACUAGUCAAGCAAUAUGACUCAGAGCGAAAUUUACACAAUCUGGGGUACGUUGCGGAAUACACCGUACCUUACAGUUAUCAAGGGUGGAUCGAGAUCAAUGCAACCGCCGCGAUGGAUCGAUGGAUGAUUGAGCCUGUAAACAACAAAGGAAUUUUUGUGGAGGUCUUUUACACUGAGAAUCGUUUGAAGCAGGUAAGACCUCAAGAUGUUGGUCUGAUUCUGUCCAAUAAAUUUGGCCGCUAUCAACCUUUCCUGGUUAGCUACUACAAGGGUCGAGAUUUGAUCAAACCAGCACCUCACGCGACCCGUUCCAAGCGAAGUACGGAUAUGAAUCCGCGGCGAAAACCAUACAAGAAGACAUCCCGCCCGAGAAAUCCCUUGAUGGAGAAAUGGACUCGGAAGGAGAAAAGUUGCCAGAUCCACACCCUGUACGUGAGUUUUCGCGAUCUGAACUGGCAGGAUUGGAUAAUCGCCCCGGAUGGUUUCGGAGCGUUCUUCUGUCAUGGGGAGUGCAGUUUCCCGCUGAAUACGCACAUGAAUGCUACGAACCAUGCGCUGAUACAGACACUGGUGCAUCUGAUGCAUCCAACCAGUGUGCCGAAGCCAUGCUGUGCGCCAACGAAGCUGACUCCGAUCUCGGUGCUGUACCAUAUCGACGAUGCGAACGUCAACUUGAAAAAGUACAAAAAUAUGGUGGUGAAAAGUUGUGGCUGUCUGUAA